UUAUUCGGCGUCUCUGUGCGUCCUCCCCCCGGCGGGCUGCUGGACCUCUUAAACGGGCUGUAGAUUCGCCAAAAGGGUUAAUGGAAGAGCGUGACAGUGGCUUUUUGCGCAGCUCACGAUGAAGAGGGGAAAAGAAAAAACGUGCUCGACGUCUUUGCGUCAUGUGGUGACGUAUGCGGAAGUGCCGCCACGUCGUCAGUAGGAAACAGGAAGCUUCUGAAUGAGUCCUGAGACAAGCAGCAAAAACAGACGACACGAUGUCUCAGUUCCAGGAGGUGCUAAAGCAGUCCGGUCUGCAUCCUAAACCAGCAGGUCUGGUUUUACAGUACGGCACCGCAGGCUUCAGGACCAACGCCAAACAUCUGGACCACAUCAUGUUCAGGAUGGGUCUGCUGGCAACACUGCGCUCCAAGAAGACCACAGCGACCAUCGGAGUCAUGGUGACGGCGUCGCACAACCCCGAGGAGGAUAACGGCGUGAAGCUGGUCGACCCGAUGGGGGAGAUGGUGACGCCUACGUGGGAGGGAUACGCCACCCAGCUGGCCAACGCUGAGCAGGAAGAUCUGCUCGCAGCUCUGAAGGAUGUCAUAGAGAAGGAGGCCAUAGACAUGAGCCAGGAGGCCAACGUGUUUGUGGGAAAAGACACCAGGAGCAGCAGCGCCAGUCUGUCACAAGCAGUAAUGGAUGGAGUUUCUGCUCUCGGUGGUCACAGCAAAGACUAUGGUUUGGUUACCACCCCACAGCUCCACUACAUGGUCUGCUGUCAGAACACCAAGGGCAAAUAUGGAGACGCCACAGUGGAGGGAUACUACAGCAAACUGUGCCAAGCUUUCAUUCAGCUCACCAAGAGUGCGUCGAACCGCACCGACGACCAGAAGCACCUGAGCGUGGACGGCGCUAACGGCAUCGGGGCCCUGAAGGUUCGUGAGAUGGAGGCUCACCUGAAGAAGGAGCUGCAGAUUUCCCUCUUCAACGACGGCAGCAAAGGAAAGUUGAACCACCAGUGUGGAGCCGACUUCGUCAAAGUGCAGCAAAAAGCUCCAACAGGCGUUGAGAUGAGCCCAGGAGAACGCUGCUGCUCCUUCGACGGCGAUGCUGAUCGGAUAGUUUAUUACUUCACCGACUCCGAGGGACAGUUUCACCUGCUGGACGGAGACAAGAUAGCGACGCUCAUCAGCACUUUCCUCAAAGAGCUGCUCACACAGGCUGGCCUAGACUUGAAAAUGGGAGCGGUGCAAACGGCUUACGCUAACGGAAGCUCGACACGCUACCUGGAGGACACGAUGAAGGUUACCGUGAGGUGCACGAAGACUGGAGUGAAGCAUCUUCAUCACGCAGCUCAGGAGUUUGAUAUCGGCGUUUACUUCGAGGCUAACGGACACGGAACUGUGUUGUUCAGUAAAGCAGCUGAGGAGAAAAUCCAGCGUCUCGCCGAGGACGCCAACAUCAACGACGAGAGGAAACGAGCAGCUCGGCUGCUGCAGAACACCGUCAACGUUAUCAACCAGACGGUCGGUGACGCCAUCUCUGACAUGCUGCUGAUCGAGGCCAUAUUAGCCAUCAAAGGGAUGACGGUUCAGCAGUGGGACUCCAUCUACAGCGACCUGCCCAACAGGCAGCUCAAAGUCAAGGUGGCAGACCGCCGGGUGAUCGACACAACGGAUGCAGAGAGACGAGCGGUGAGUCCGGCAGGGCUGCAGGACGCCAUCGACUCCUUGGUGAAGAAAUACAGAAAAGCUCGGUCUUUUGUGAGGCCGUCUGGCACCGAGGACGUGGUCAGAGUUUACGCUGAGGCAGAGACGCAGGAGAGUGCAGAUGAUCUGGCUCAUGACGUCAGCCUGGCGGUUUAUCGACUCGCCGGUGGAGUCGGUGGUGAACCCAAACAGCAACUUUAGACGCACAAACUCAUGAUAGUAACCAAACAAUCUGUGCUUUUUGAGGACAAUCCCUGCUCAUUCUCUCAAGCUGGGAGGUACCAAGAUACUGUAUAAUGUCAACUGCACUAAAUGAUUCACUCCGGCUCUUUUCUCUGGGACUAUGAUUACAAUCUGGGACGCAAUGAAGGGACACUGUUGUAUGUGAUAUAAAUACUGUAAGCUAAUGUAUUGAUUGAUACGAGGUACUGAUGAGGGAUUCAAUUCACUUUGUGUUAUACUGUAGCUUCCUACUAAAUCAAACCUCUUUCAACAGUUACUGCAAGUAACUGCUUUUGCCUGACAGACAAAAUGACAAAAACAAGACACAAAACGGCACAAAUGAGACGUAAAAUGACAAAAACAAGACACAAAACGACACAAAUGAGACGUAAAAUGACAAAAACAAGACACAAAACGACACAAAUGAGACGUAAAACGACACAAACAAGACACAAAACGACACAAAUGAGACGUAAAAUGACAAAAACAAGACACAAAUGAGACGUAAAAUGACACAAACAAGACAUAAAAUGACACAAAUAAGGCAAAAUGACAAAGCAAGACACAAAACGACACAAAUGAGACGUAAAACGAAAAAAACAAGACAUAAAACGACACAAAUGAGACGUAAAAUGACAAACAAGACACAAAACGACACAAACGAGAUGUAAAAAAAACAAAAACGACAUAAAAUAACACGAAACAAAAAACGAGACAUAGCAUGACAAAACGGCACAAACAAGACACAAAACGAAACAAACGAGAUGUAAAAAAAACAAAAACGACAUAAAAUAACACGAAACAAAAAAACGAGACAUAGCAUGACAAAACGGCACAAACAAGACACAAAACGAAACAAACGAGAUGUAAAAAAACAAAAACGACAUAAAAUAACACGAAACAAAAAAACGAGACAUAGCAUGACAAAACGGCACAAACAAGACACAAAACGAAACAAACGAGAUGUAAAAAAAACAAAAGACAUAAAAUAACACGAAACAAAAAAACGAGACAUAGCAUGACAAAACGGCACAAACAAGACACAAAACGGCACAAAUGAGACAUAAAAUGACAAAGCGAGACAUAUAACACCAAAAGGAGACUCAAAAUGAAUAUCAAAAUCAAAAGUUUACAUGUCUGUUGAAAAGACUAAAUGAAUAAUGUAAAAGUAAAAAAGUAAAAACCACAACUGCGUUUGCUGUUUGCUGUUUAUUUAGUUGCAUUCGAAACACAUUUUCUGGACACACAAAGGGAUUAAACAAGCAGGAACACAAGUCUCCAUGGAAAAUAGUCCUUUUAAUGGACACAUGAUGUCCGAGUUUUCCUAAAUUCACCUUGUAGGAUUUAAAAGCCUUAACAUUUAAUAAUAGUUUUGGUCCAAAAUGUCCAUCAACAGGCAGGUAAGGUGGAAACGUUAAAAGAAACGUGGCUCUUUUUUUUUUUUUUUUACAUCUAAGUUGAAGGCAUUUUUUGCACAGUGAAUGUAUUCAUUCAAAACAGUGGGCUGCAAUUAAUUAGAAAUUAAUGUUAUUUUAGUUGUUUGAUCUUUAAAAUGUCAGAAAAUGGUGGUAAAUGUGACCCAGUGUUUCCAAAAUCCAAGAUAUUCAAUUUACUGUCACAGAGGAGGGAAAAAAAGCAGAAAAUAUUCACAUUUAAGAAGCUGAAGUCAGAGAAUUUAGACGUUUUCUUUUUUUUUUUAAAUCCUCAAACUGAUUAAUUUAUUGUAUAAAUAGUUGGCGAUUAAUUUAAUAAUUGAUUAAUCGUUGCAGCUUUAGUGUUAAUUGUGCUACAAGAGAGAUAUGAUGUGUGAAGAUGGUUCAGCAAUCAGACAAAAUAAGCUGGAAAGUAUCAGAUUUUGACAGCAUCGUGUGUUACUAAUGCGUAGUUUUCAUGUUGUUUAAUUUCCCAUGUGGUCCUGUUGGGGUAGUGAUUAUUUUCCAGUCAUAUUUUUAAUUUUUCAUGCACUUUGCCCACCUAGAUGUGUUGUAAGUUGCUCUUUUUGACCCACAUUUGCGCUGCUGCUGCUGCACAAAAACCUCCUCUACUGUGAGUGAUAGCACCGCGUUAGCAUAGCUUAGCUUAAUAUUUUAUGUCUGCAGUAAUCCAGAGCUGCACAGUAAAGGUUUUAUUCUUCAUCGGCGGCGGCUCCAGAAAUGGUGAAUGUUCGUUCCUGGGUGUCGCUCUCAUACCUGUCGUCGUCUGUCUUAACUGUUCUGGGAGAGAGUGGAGGAAAAACGAGAAGGAGAAACAUUAUUGUGCUGUUUUAGAAGCGAUUUAACUGGAUCUGCUGUUAAUAUAAUGCAUCAAAAACAGCCUAAUCUCACACAUGAUCCAUGAUAAAGACAAUAAAUGUAGAAAUACAUGGCAGAAAUAGCCAACUGAGCUUCACACUGGAAAAAAUGCUCCUCUCAAAACAAGAAAAAAAAAACUUAUAUCAAGGAACUUCUACCUUGAAAUAAGUGAAAAAAUCUGCCAGUAGAACAAGUGAAAAAUGGCUCGGUAAGAUUUCUUGAAAUAAAAGAUGAUAUUUAGAAUAUUGAGAUCUUAAAAUUAGCUGGAAAACUUAUUUUAUACUUUAUUUCACCAGGAUUGUCACGUUCAGGUGUCUUAAUCCUCCUCUUGUUCUCAUUUACGGCACCAAAAAAUAUUGUUUCCUUGUCUGAAAAAAAUCCAAAAACUCAGCAAAAAAUUCCCCAAAUUUAUAAAAAAAACUUUGCAAAAUCUUCAGGAAGAAAAUUCCUUAGAAGUUUCCCUCAAAAGUUUUUUUUUUUUAAAAAAUCUCAAAUUUGGCAAGAAAUAAAAAUAAAAAAACAAAAAAAAAUUAAAUAUUUUCAAAAAAAUGAAGAAAAUCUUCCAAAAAAAAAUCCUAAAAAUAUCUAAAGUGAGUCCAUAUAUAUCAGUAAAACUUCUAAUAUUUUCUUUCAGAACAUUCAGAAAAAAAUCAACCAAAAUCCAGCGAAAUUCGCUGGAUUUUGGUUGAUUUUUUCUGAAUGUUCUGAAAGAAACAUUGUUUUUAACAUUUCUUUUUUUCCAUUAAAAAUGUUCAAAAAUUUUUCCAAAAAAAAUUUGAAAAUGUUGAAGUUUUCACUGUGAAAUAUACAUUUUUUCCCCACAUUUUUAAACUUUAAAACACAUCAAUUUCACCUGCAGGACGACACGAGGGUUAAAACAAGAUGAUUUCAAGAUUGUUUGACUUAAGAUAUGUCAGAUGCAUCGUCUUAUAACAAGUCCCUCCAUCUGAAACGUCACUUGUUUGUUUUCUUUCGUGAAUUUAUCUCAAAUCAAGUGUGAUGAGACAUUUUGACUAAAAAUAAGACAAACAGACUUGGUGAGAUUUAGAGUUUUUGCAGUGCAGAAAUGUUUUCAGGGAUGUUUGUGUCUCAUUAAGAGUAGAUUGACUCUUUUCUUUUAGAUUGCAGGUUGUAUAAAUCAUAUAUUGUGUAAAAACUCCACCAUCUACCUGAUUUGGAGCGUCUUCCUCUCGGUUUUCUCCGUCGCCUGCGUCUCUACGUCAGUCUGAGCGUCUGAUGAAGCCGUUGACACUUGACCUGGAGGCUUCUCCACAGAGUUUAGGAGAUCACGUGGACCUGGAUCCAUCUUUGGAUCUGAGGAAUCUGAAGCUGAAAGCAGAGCUGAGGUAGAGGCUGAGGCUGAGGUGACGCUGGAGGUCAGACGCAGACCUCCAUCCAGAGGAAGCUGAUGGACCAGGCUGCUCAGACGGCUGUCUUCUCCUUCAAUCAGCUUCCUGAUGAACACAGAAAAACCACAAAUGUUCCAUCUGUUUGAUCUAAAGUCCUGCUCCUGAAGCUGCUCUGCUCACCUGUAGGUGAUGAUCUCGAUCUCCAGGGACAUCUUGAGGUUCAGCAGGUCCUGGUAUUCUUUCAGCAGCAGAGCGAUCUUCUCCUUGGUGACCUUCAGGUCCAGCUUUAUCGCCUCCACUCGCUCCUGUUAGGACGGUUUGAUUCAGAGCAGGUUUGGGUCAUGGUGUGAGGAGAAAACUUCUAAAUAGUCAGAAGAUAUCGGAGCUACCUGAAUGUCCUCCUCCUCCUUCUUGUUCUUCAGCACGACGUCACGGAUCUGAGCCUCCAAAUACUCGUUCCUGGUCUUCAGACUGUCAAGUUCACGCUCUUUGCUGAGGAUCUAAACAUGUAGAAGAAAGUAUUUAUACACACUGUGAAUAAACAUCCAUGUUUAUA